UUCUGCAUCCUCUCCGCGGGAGGAAGGAGGUGCAUUCGGCCGGGCAGGCUCCGCGGGGGAGGCCCAGCGAGCUGGGGGCUGCACCCGAGGGGCCGGGCGAGGUCGCGGAGGAGGCUGCUCGCUGCGGCGGGUGCCCGGGCCGAGAACAGUCCACCUGCCGAGGAGGGCUCCGUGCAGCCAUGGGCUACCAGGGGCAGCGACCUGCCAUCCCGCCGCAGAGUGAUCUAGAUGACAAAGAAACCCUCGUUUCUGAACAGAGGCGCGGAGGGAAAACCUGGCGUCUGUCUGCCGCCGUUUUUAAUGUUGUCAACUCGAUUAUAGGGUCUGGUAUAAUAGGAUUGCCGUAUUCGAUGAAGCAAGCUGGCUUUCCUCUGGGAAUACUGCUUCUAUGCUGGGUUUCAUACGUUACAGACUUUUCCCUUGUUUUAUUGAUAAAAGGAGCAGCCCUCUCUGGAACAGAUACUUACCAGUCUUUGGUCAAUAAAACCUUCGGCUUUCCAGGCUACUGCAUCCUCUCUGUUCUACAGUUUUUUUAUCCUUUUAUAGCUAUGAUAAGUUACAACAUAAUAACUGGAGAUACUUUGAGCAAAGUUUUCCAAAGAAUCCCAGGAGUUGAUCCUGAAAAUUUAUUUAUUGGCCGUCACUUCAUUAUUAUACUCGCUACAGUUGCCUUUACUCUGCCUUUGUCUUUGUAUCGAGAUAUAGCAAAGCUUGGAAAGAUCUCUCUUAUUUCUACAGUCUUAACAACUGUGAUUCUUGGAAUUGUAAUGGCAAGAGUCGUUUCCUUGGGUCCAUACAUACCGAAAACAGAUGAUGCCUGGGUAUUUGCAAAGCCCAAUGCCGUUCAGGCUGUCGGUGUGAUGUCGUUUGCCUUUAUUUGCCACCAUAACUCCUUCUUAGUUUAUGGUUCUUUGGAAGACCCCACAGUAGCUGAGUGGUCCCGGGUCAUCCACGUGUCCAUGCUGGCUUCUGUGUUCGUCAGUCUUCUCUUUGCUGCAUGUGGCUACUUGACAUUUACUGGCUUCACCCAAGGAGAUUUAUUUGAAAAUUACUGCAGAAAUGAUGACCUGGUAACAUUUGGAAGAUUUUGUUAUGGAGUCACUGUCAUUUUGACAUAUCCAAUUGAAUGUUUUGUAACAAGAGAUGUAAUCGCCAAUGUCUUUUUUGGUGGGACACUUUCCUCAGUUUUCCACAUUAUCAUGACAGUGGCCAUCAUCACUGCAGCCACGCUUGUGUCACUGCUGACUGACUGCCUAGGAAUCGUUUUAGAACUCAAUGGCGCGCUGUGUGCGGCUCCCCUCAUAUUUAUCGUGCCAUCAGCGUGCUAUCUGAAACUGUCUGAAGAACCGAGGACUCACUCAGAUAAGAUGAUGUCCUGCGUCAUGCUUCCCAUCGGCGCCAUCGUGAUGGCGGCUGGAUUCGUCAUGGCUGUCACCGAUCCUCAAGACUGUACCCACGGGCAGGAAAUGUUCUACUGCUUUCCUGGCAAUGCCUCCGUCACUAACAGCUCAGUUUCUCAUUUUCAACUGACAACACAACUUUCAAUUUUGAACAUCAGUAACUUUGAAUGAGUUGCCUGCUUUAAAAACUAUGCAUGUUUUCAUAGACUUCUCUAGUGUAUGACAUUCACACAUGUUUUAGUCUGCAUAUCAUGAAAUUAUUAGUUUGGCAUUUAAUUAGACUUGGUUUUCUUUAUUCUUUAGUCCAGUAUAAAAGAUAAAGGGGGAAAAAAUUACGUGUGUUUCAUUUUAAACUGGGACAAAAUACAUGUUUCGUUUUAAUGAUGGCACUGCAGUAAUCUUAACUUGCAGAAGGAAAAGUGAAGGCUCUGGCAUUUGCUGCCAUCCUCUCAAAGCAAUAUUCUUUUCUCUAAUGUCUGAGCUGAUAUAUUGCACUCCAAAAUAAGUAAGUGAUUGUGGGUUGGAAUUUUGCGGAUGUGUCCUUUAUGAGAAAGAAAUGAUUUUUCUCAAAGUUUAUGGCAUCUAAGGGAGGGAGAAGGAAACUCAUAUUCCAGGAGCAAAGUGAAGGUUUUAUGUAAUUAUAAUUUUAGCCACAUCCCUUGUUUAGAGGGUAGUGAACCCCUGGAGAAAUAAGUAAAAUCCUUCUCAUGUUAAGAAGGUGAAUAAUAGGAUCUACAGAGCAAGGUGGGUGAGGAACCGAAACUACCUCUCAAGUUUUGAUCCUAUGGGAAUAUGACAGUAGUGCUAUUAAAUGAAUUAUAAAGCAGGGAAAGCCGCAAGCUGUUCUGAGGCACAAGCCCAGGAGAUCGGUUAUGUAGCAGCUUUGGACCUGUUGAAUUGAACCUACUGGUAGGACGAUGCCCUGGAAACUGAACCUUCAGAUUAGACGCUUGCAAGAGAAUCAGGGGUACAGACAAGGCAUUCUAACUCCUCCGGGGCUCCACAGAUACAUACUUAGGAGCUCUGUUGACAGGAUUAACCAGAAGCAGACACUCAGGUGGAGUUUGGUAUGCAGAGUAUUUAUUAGGGAUCAUAACUAAUGGGACUAGGGGGAAAGGAAGAUGGGGAGGGUGAACUGGAACAGGCCCACGAAGCCUCCGCGAGGUCCACAGGGUGUCUGGAGCAUACAUGGUCCAUGUGACUUGUCCCUGCUGAGGUGAAAUAGCCAAGUUCUGAUACCAUUGCCUCCACCAGUUCUUGAAUGUGGGCACCUGUAGAGGAUAUGCCCCUGGGAGAAGCAGCCCUCUGCAGCUGAGAAAACCCUAAAGGAACUCAGUUUUUUAUGAGUUUUUAUAUGUUUUGCUGAGGAUUUCAUGUCUUCCUAUCUAUGGCAACCUUUCAAAAGUAGCAAGAAAAUUUGGGACCCUCUGGGCGGCUAUCUUAUAUCAAGGAUCACCCAGGAUUUGAUUUCUCACCUUUUCAAUUGUAUUUCAAUCAAGCUGACAAUCCACAGUACUCUAUUAACUGUUGCCAAAUAGGAAAUAUCAUAAGCAGAGUUAAUAUCCACAUGAUGUGUUUGUACAAAUCCCAGUCCAAAAAAGAAAAAAAGAAAUCGCACAAAAAUGUGUAUAAAGGAUCAUUUCACUGUAGCUGGAGUGAAAAAGUGGUGAGAGCUGAGUCAUCGUGUGACUCAGAGUGAGAAAGGCCUAUUGAAAGUGUAGGAAGCUGCACCUUACCAGGCAGAACCGGGCUCAGACAUCGGGUGCUGAUUUCUGCUUCAAUAAAGCUGCAUCGUGCCACUAAAUUCAUUUAAAUUCUGCUGGCUGCAUAAAUUUUCAGUAUUUAAUUUACAGAUUUGUUUUCUGUAACUGAGAAUCACAAGGUUAAAUGGUUUGUGCCUGUUUUUAGACUGAUGCAUGUUCUAAUAAAAUAAUAAUUAAAAUGCUUGCAUUCUGCACUGAGGGAAUGUAAGGAAAUUUUGCAGCAGCCCAUCCCUACAUUACUCAAGACUGAAAAACACUGACCUACAUAGUUAUUAGAUAAAGUCAUGAAAGAUGAGAUUUCCAAGAGUGUACAAAGAGAAAUGCGUCAAGGAUAAUGUAAUUCAGCACGCAGCCCUCUAUUAUCUUGUACUUUGGGUAUUGCUUCAGAUAGGUGGACCUUGGCUUUCAAGAAGGUAAAAAACUUCUGGUCAGAACUGAGUUUUGCAUUAAUGCCUAAUAAAUAUUUGUUAUCCUCCCAACCCCCAUCAACUGUAGAAUAAGACUGCCUUUGACCCAGUUAUUAGCUGCGUGAAUUUUCAACGUCUUUCAAAUUAUGACAGAAUAAAUCUUAGAAAUUCA